UUUUAAUCAAAUUUUGUCUAUUGGUAAAAUUUGUGUAUAUACAAAUUUUGUUUAAAAAAAUUGUGUGUAUUUUCUUAAAUUUAUUUAUUAAAAUUUUAAGUUCUAAUAUUUUGGCGUCUUAAACUUUUUAAAAUAAGUCUAAAUUAAAAGUAAGCAUAAAGGCAAAUGGCUUCCGAAGGGAUUGAUGAUUGGGAUGAACCUUUAUCCUCCUCAUCUACCAUUGAAGCUGAAAAGGAGGAGCUAAUGAUGGAGGAUAAAAAGAAGGAAUUGAAAAAUAUGGAAAUGCUAAAAAGCUAUGUUGCUCGUAUGGCAUAUAAACCAUCGCCGCCACCUCAUGUUAAACCACGUAUUGAUCAAAUUGCUGGUCCCCAGAAACGCUUCAUAAUCGAUAGCUAUCUUGAACAUGCUAAAGUAUUGACCCCUAAAGAAAGACGGCAGCGUGUCAGAAGGCUUGCUCGGAAAUACAAUGCUAUUUCUACAGAACAAUUAGAACAGAUAAUAAAGAACCAGAAGAGCAAAGAACGCAAACGUGAGGAUCUCUAUAAGCGUAAACAAGAACUUUACUACGAAAUGCUCACCAAACUCGAACGUCAGUGCCGCACACAAUAUCUGAAUGUGUUGAUUAAGAAGUUCUCGAAUUUCAUAGCGAAACUGGCAACAACAAUGCAAAUACCGCCGCAACUGGUAGAACCGUAUUCACGUAUGCAACGUGGCAUAUUCUGCAACAUCUUACUGGCGAUCGGUGUACAACCCACCAAUCAGAAUGCCAUUUACUACACUACGCCCGAGGCGAUGGAAUAUGAGGUUUGUCACAAACUGGCGCAUGCUUUGCUCAGUCUCAUUAUAAAAGCGCUCGACUCCGCGUCUACUAAAAAUCCCGAUGAAAUUGUGCCACAGGAGACAGAUUUUGAAAUGGACCGUUACAUUAAGGAUCGAUUAAUGUGCGCCGCGGAAAAGAAAAUUUUAAGCACUCGCAAUCAAGCACAUCAGACUAAAUUAAAUAAUUCAAAUUCACUGGCUGCUAUGCUGAGGAAAUGUGAAAACUUCAGCGUAAAAACUUGUGUGUAACGUAAAACUAAUAUUUAAUUGAUUAUAAUACAAAAUUUGUAGCAGUAUAAUAAUUUUAGUAUAAUAAAACUAAAAAAAAUAAAAUAAAAUUAUUCUUUUUCAAGCGCUCAAAGCUGAAUUGAA